AUGAAUAUUCGUUGCGCUCGUCCAAGCGAUCUUAUGAACAUGCAGCACUGCAACUUAUUGUGUCUGCCAGAAAACUAUCAAAUGAAGUAUUACUUCUACCAUGGAUUGUCUUGGCCCCAGCUUAGCUAUGUUGCUGAAGAUGAGAAGGGACAUAUUGUUGGCUAUGUGUUAGCAAAAAUGGAAGAAGAUGGUGAAGAUAAUCGUCAUGGACACAUAACAUCCUUGGCUGUUAAAAGGUCCCAUAGAAGGCUAGGUUUGGCACAAAAAUUAAUGAAUCAAGCAUCUUUGGCUAUGGUGGAGUGUUUCCAAGCCAAGUAUGUGUCAUUGCAUGUAAGGAAAAGCAACAGAGCUGCUCUUAAUCUGUACACAAAUUCCCUUGGUUUUAAAAUCUUAGAAAUUGAGCCUAAAUAUUACGCUGACGGUGAAGAUGCCUAUUCAAUGAUGAGAGAUCUCAGCGCUUUUGCUGCGGAGACCCCAGAAGUGACAGAAAACUCUGAUGUAAAGUCUGACAUUAUUACGGCUACCAACUAA